AUGUCGUCCGAGAACACAACGGCCAACUUGGUGGCCAACAAGCUUGCGCAACUUGAGCAGCAAGCUGCAGCCGAGAAGAAGCUGAACGCUGCUGUCCGGCAAUACGUCAAGCGCGUCCACAAGGAGGCCAAGAGCUCUGCGGGUAAGUCCGCAAGCGAUGCUGAGCUUGCCGAGGCGUACAAGACUGCACUCGGAAACGAGGCCGCGUCGGUGCGCAAGCUUGAGCUCGAGCUGGAGCAGGCUCAGGCUGAGUUGUCGGUGGAGAAGCGGGCCCGUCUGGCGACGCUGCAGGAGCUGACGGCGACCAAGAAGGUCCAGAGCACGCUAGAGGAGCUGAGCAAGCGGCUGCAGGACCGCGUCGCCGAGGAGCGGGCCCGCGCCGAGGCCUCCGAUGCUGCCUCGGCCGAGAUGAAGUCCAAGUACAACGAGAUCUUCGAGGACAUCACCAAGAAGAUCGAAGACGAGGCUGCGUCGACCGAGGCCCGCUUCAAGGAGUCGCAGUUUGUCAAGCGCAAGCUCCUUGCCUUUAUGCACAAGUACGAGGUCCGCGAGGAGCAGUACGCCAACGAGGCCAAGGCCGCCGCCAUCGAGCUCGAGCUCGCAAACGUCAAGGUCGCACAGGCCCAGGAGGAGGCCAAGAUGGCCCAGGCCCGCUUCAUGGAGGUCAUGCAAAAGUACGUCGUCCUUGAAAAGGUCGAGGCUCAGCAGGCCAAGCAGCUCGAGCUGUACGAGUCGCGCUUCAACGAGCUUUCCACCGUCGUCACCCAGUCGAACAACCUGCUCAAGCAGUACCAGACCGAGCACAAGGCCAACGUCAAGGCGCUCAACAAGGCCACCCGUGAGAACCAGAAGAUCAAGGAGGCUGAGCUCAAGGCCACCAUCAAGGCCCUUGAGCUCUCCAAGGACAUCGAGGAGUACAAGCGCAAGGUUUCCACGCUCGAGAACCUCUGCCGUGCCCUUCAGGCCCGCUCCGCCGCCGCUCCGGCCGCCGCCACCGACAAAGCUGCCGACGAGGCCGCCGACGCUGCCGCCCCCCCUGCUGCAGACCAAUGA